AUGCGCCGACGACUGAAGUGUGCUCACGGGGGUCCCAACUCGAGCAGCCUCUGCAAGAUCCCCCACGUGGCGGGGGAAGGUACGCGCAAGGGAGCUACCCCGGUGGGCGCUUCCGACACGGGUGCCAACGGCGACUCGAGCGAUUCUGCCAAAUCGGCGCUUCGCGCAGAAACGCCGUCGGCCAGCCAGGAGUCCGGCCAACAGAGAGGCGCUGCGCGGAGAAGCCCGGGACUUGACGAGGGGUGCGGAACUGAGCCCGCACCUCCCGCGCGGGCUGAUAUUCGCGCACCGUCAGCGCGCGCAGAGGAGCCACCUCCGCGGCGAAAUGAGGGCCGUUGGUCACCUCAAUGUGUACGUGAGUCGGCUCUCCACUCGCCCGCGCCUGACGCACAACCUCCGCAAACGCACUCGUUGCCCGAUCCAGGGCAGGAUCCUGCCUGCGACCGUUUCCGCCACGCCCACCGCCAUUCCGCCGGCCCCGACGGCCUCCGGAACCAGCCGAAUGCGGACGCGGAGGGGACUGCUCGCGACGACCCGAAUCCCAGCGACGCCCAGGUGACCCCCUCCCCCGCGUCGCGGGAGAUCGCCGCGGAGAGCGUUGCGCGGGGGAUCGCGCUCGGGGUGGGCGCUGGCCUGCCCGACCACGAGGAGAUGGGCGGCGAGGUGAACGAGGACGCGCAGGGGACCGCUGAUCGCCCUCCCUGCGCUGUUGAGUUUCGCGAUGCUCAGGAGAAGGUUGGCGAGGAGAGGGCUGCCGCGGAGGCGGACGCAGAGGCGAGCGCCCGCGCUCCUGCCGCGGCUGUCUGUCAGGGCGGUUCGAUGCAACGCGUGCAGGGGCCCACGAAUACUCCGGCGAGGUGGGGCGCGCAGCAGGCCGAUGGGGAAGAGUUAGCACCCGCUCGAAGCGGCGGACGAGCUCGCUUGCGGAGGGGUGCGCAUGGGACACGCCGCACGCGGGCGAAGCCCGGCAGGCGCAGGCUCCGGCAGCGCGCUCUCCGCGGAACCCUCGAGCUCCGGAUCCCGUCUCGCGGAUGGAUCCAUCACCCCCGACAGCACCGCAGCCGACGCCAGCGCGCCGACCAAUUGAGGACCCGGCGGACGAGGCGCCCCAGACAGGACAAGCGGGAGCUGCGGGUGGAAGAGGAACCGGGGGAAUACGCGUGGGACGCGGCAGCAACCGCCGCGGACGCCAUGGGAACGGAAGAGGACGAAGAGGUGGAGGAGCACGAUGCUCCAAUCGGCGCCGCACCAGCGCAAGCGGAUACGCGAGAACGGCAGAAAGGCUGA